AUGGGCCGCAUAACAAUCGAAUCCGAAACCGUCUUCUCCCGCCCCGCAGAAGAAAUCUACGACUUCGUCUCCAACCCUGCAAACUGGGGCCGAACAUACCAAGGCAGCGGCGGCCUGCACAACAACGCACAACUCCAACUCCCUCUCAAGUUCGGAGACCAAUGGACCGAAGCCGUGCCCCUCAAAGAAAACACCUAUGUCGCAACUUGGACUUUGAUUACUGCGAUGCGUCCGCUUAAAUGGGUGUUUCAACAAGUCAAUGGGAUUGGAGCACAUGCUGAGGGUAAAGGAGAUAGUCCUGGUGUUGAGGGUACGACGACGAUUUCGUAUUUUUUUGAACCGAAUGUUGGGGAGGGGAAGACGCUGUUUAGGAGGAAGAUUGAGUAUGAUUUGCCCAAGGGGGUGGAUAUUGCGCCGGAUUUGAUGGUUGCUAGUGGGCCCGGAGGGAUUGAUCGGUAUCAUGCUGCUAUUGAGAGGGUUAUGAAGGAGGAUGAGGCGAAGAAGUAG